AUGGGUGCCGCGCUAUCAGCACCUUCCCUGGAAGAAAAUACAGGAAGAAAGGGAAAGCGCCGGCAACGCCCCAUUUCAAAGAGGGCAGCUGAGCUACACCAGAUAGCAGCACGCCGGACACGCCAUCGGCAGCAGAGGAUAUGGGCGGUGCUCCCUGCGUCUCCCCCGCCGCUUCAUCUAAGGGAACUCGACCCUCAAGUUCGUCGAAUCUUACGUCAGAUGCAGCAGCUUGAGAUUGCUCGGCGCCAUACAUCAGCAGACAGCUCGACCGCUGAGGAUGGUCCCCAACAUCUCCCUUCACGGGUCUGCAAUAAUCCAGAUUCAUUGGCCAAGCAUCAAAACCCUCCUCCUACCAGCAGCCUGGCCAGUCGACCUAUGGGUCGCAAACCUUUUGGCAGAUCUAUAGGCAUAUCACUGGGGCAGAUGUUCGGAGCACCAGGGACGGUGAACAACCGUCGUUUCAGUGCUUCUACCGGCCUGCUUUCUCAGCCUAUCGGCCUUGCCUUUACCUUCCGGAUUGCUGCGGGGCUUCACCUAGCCGGCCAGAGUUUUGCCCCACGUCCGGGUUCAGGGCCGCGCCGCCCGUAUCAGUUGUACCUUGGGCGUAUGUUUACUAGUACCGACGAUCACAAGACGGUUCACAGGUAG